AUGGAGAAAUUCGGUGUUGAGAACGACUUGGUGAAGGCGAGAGACAGAUUGAACGGUAAACUGCGGCUUAUAGGACGUAUAUUGAACACACAGGAGGUCAACCUAUUGCAAAGAAUGGUGUUUCUAUAUUUUGCAUACGGCUCAAACCUUUUGAGACAGCGUCUUCUUUGCAACCAAUCUGGCCAGCUCAAACGGUUUAAGGGAGUUGGGAAACUGCAGGACUAUGAGCUGAGGUUUAAGGGUUACACUUCAAAGAGCUGGAGUGGUCAUCCGGCCACUAUUGAGGCAUGUCCUGGCUCAGAUGUCUGGGGUGUGGUAUGGGAGUUAGAGGACCAACUGGCACAGGCUCUGGAUGAGCAAGAAAAAUCUUAUGCCAAAUUCUCCGUGUCGGUCACGCUGCAAUCUGGCAUGACUGUGGACUGUGUGACUUACCAGAUGCAGAAAAGAACCGUCGAAGAGACCGGCGUUCCUUCGCCGCAAUACCUGGACGUCAUACGGCGUGGUGCCCGGCAGAACGGACUACCGUCAGAAUACAGGGACUGGCUGGACCGUCAACCUCACAACAAUAACCCGGGACCCGUACCCCUCUACAGAAAGGUCAUGGACCUGAUACAGAACGACCCUUCUUGUAACCAGGAUAUAGACAAGUUAACAUAGCGGAAACACGCUGUUAUCGGAAGUUACUUCCCCUUAUGUCACGCUAACCUUGCUUUUGAUUUCAUAGAGUGUUUUUAAAUUAUUUUAACUAAGUAUGAAAGUUCUCAACAAUCGGUAUUGUAUUGAUAGGCACAUAGCUUACAUCAUCUUGUGGGGGAUCAACGUAUUGCAGGAGCGGUGUAAUCGUUGUGACGCUGUUGUGACAAUUCAGAGGAGAGGAAAGGGUAUUCAUUCACUACGACAUUCAGGUCUUACUUCAGGUCUUACCUUCUUACUUAUCCCACAAAGGGACGCAGUGACCGUGGGAAAGAAUCUGACAGAUAAUCUCUUCUUCUGCACGUACUUGGCGAUCAAAAGUUUUAAAGGAGACCCCAGACGACAAAUAUAGAGUAGCCUGUAUGGAAAGUCUCUUAGGUGGUGGUCUUGAUUAUUGUAGCGCUGUUUUUCCUCACACUGGUACCUAAUAAAACUUUAAUGUUUUCC